AUGGCUCGUUCAGAUCUAGGCAAGCCAAUCACGCUGCAACUUUCAGGCAAAGCCAUCCCAAAUCGACUUUACCGGUCGCCCCUAAGCGAGUAUGCCUCCACGUAUGACGAAGAUGAUGUUGAGAGAACGGGAAUCCCAAAACCACGCUAUGCUGAACUGUACCAAGAACUUGCCGAUGGUGGUGCCGGGUUGAUAUGUUUUGGAAACAUUCCAAUCGACAGGCACAAUCUCGAAAAUUACAACAAUGCAGUUCUCGAUCCCCGUAAUCCCUGGGAUCCAGUCGCUGCCUUUGCACCAGCGAUACGUGCGGCAAAGAGUCGUGGCGCCAUCUGCCUUCCCCAAUUGCAGUUUCCGGGUCGCCAGGUGCCAGAGUUCCUCAAUCCACACCCAAAAUCGGCAUCAGAUGUGCAAUUGCAACCAUGUCUGAACAAGACUUAUGGCAAACCAACGGCACUAAACCUGACUGAGAUCAAGCAAUUGGUGGACAGAUUUGUCUGGGCGGCUCAAGUUUUGGACAAGGCCGGGGCUGAUGGAAUCAUUCUCCAUGCUGCGCAUGGUUAUAUUCACAACCAAUUUCUUUCACCCCUGACCAAUCAUCGAACAGAUGAGUAUGGUGGGAACUUAGAAAAUCGUGCACGCUUCAUCCUGGAGGUCGUACAUGCUAUCAGUGAGAAGCUUCCAUCGAAUCGGUUUGUCAUUGCUGCCAAGUUCAACUGUCAAGACUUCAUCGAUGGGGGCCUCAGCUUUGCUGAGGCGUGCGUGGUUCUUAAAUGGCUAGAAGAUGCGGGUGUGGACUUCUUCGAUAUUUCUGGUGGCACUUAUGAGUCGCCGGUCUGGAGAGGUGAUAUCAUGAAAGAAUUUGCUAAACGGCCGUCACAAAAGCUUCGUGGUAGCUAUUUUGUUGAGUGGGCAGCGGAGAUGAAGAAGGUACUUUCUCGUGCUAUUAUUGGAACAACUGGUGGCUGGCGUGAUGCACAAUUUAUGGCGGAGGCAGUGAUGAUUGGUGAUGUCGAUAUGAUCGGGUUAGGAAGGACACUGAGAGAAGACCCAAACUUUGUCGCAAAAGCCCUGAAUAGUCAGAUCAGAAUGAGUAGACUGUAG